AUGACAAUGAUCACAGAAGAGCAGUUGGGUGUUUAUAAUGAAAUUCUAAAUGCUGUUCAAAGCAAUAGAGGCGGCGUUUUCUUUGUCUAUAGCUUUGGAGGCACAAGCAAGACGUUUCUUUGGAGUGUUCUAGGCGCUACUUUGAGAUCUAAAGGUGAAGUAGUCCUAAAUGUAGCAUCAAGCGGAAUUGCUUCAUUGAUAUUAAAAGGGGGUAGGACAGCCCAUUUUAGGUUUGGAAUUCCCAUAAAUGUCAAUGACAGCACAACAUGUUUGAUGAAAUCUGGUACACAUUUAGCAGACUUGAUCAAUGAAACAAAGCUAAUAGUUUGGGAUGAAGCUCCAGUGAUGAGUAAACACUGUUUCGAGACACUCGACAGAAGAAUGCAAGACAUAAUGAUAUCUGAAGAACCUUUUGGAGGCAAAGUCAUUGUUUUUGGGGGAGAUUUUUGUCAGGUUCUACCGGUAAUACCAGAUGCCUGCAGAAAUAUAACAGUAAUGACUGCUUUGAAUGCAUCAAAGACUUGGAAAAAAUGUGAGGAAAGAGUUUAUUUGAGCGCUGAUAGUAUUGACCCAUCGGAAAGAGUGGUGAUUCCAGAAGAUGAUAUAGAUACUGUGGACACAGAUUUUCCAAAAGAUAUUGUUUACACACAAGAGUUCCUGAACAGCAUCAAAAUUUCAGGCUUGCCUAAUCAUAAACUGGUUUUGAAGAUCGGAGCUCCUAUUAUCUUGCUUAGAAACAUUGACCCAAAAGGAGGAUUCUGCAAUGGGAUCCGGCUUAUUGUUACUCAGUUAGCAAAUCAUGUUAUCGAGGCAAGAGUGAUAACAGGAAAAUCAAACAGUGAUGAAGAUGAAAAGGUUUUAAUCCCAAGAAUGUUUGUUACUCCAGCCGAUGCAAGAUUCCCUUUCAAGAUGCGCAAAAGACAAUUUCCAGUAUCGCUUGCUUUUGCAAUGACGAUCAACAAAAGUCAAGGUCUUUGGAGAAGGUAG